UAGUAUAGUAUUCAUCAUCUCAUUUGCAUGCUAGAUAGCUUCUCCAUCCCUCGCUCGAUCGCCAAAUCAAAGAAACAUACAUGGCCGGCGGGCCGCCGGAUCGGAGUUACAACGUCGCCCGGCCCCAUCGAUGGAGCAGCUUUUGGUCCGCCGGCCUCAGCCCGGUUCCAUCGCCAGCUAGCUUCUAUAAGAUAUAUAUACGUGUUUGUUUAUAUAUGUAGGAUCGAGUCGAGAUAUUAGUGCGGUUCAAUGAGAAAGUAAAGCUCACAAACAAACAAUGCUGAACUCUUCUUUUUUAUUGAGCCGUGCCAAUAUCACGUCUCACUUCCGAUCAUCAUUCAUUCAUUCAUCCGGCCGCCGGCCUCCAUCUUUACUACUCAUUUUAUACAGAAAUACAUAUUCUCCUCCCAAUUCUAGAGCACAAGUCAAAACCGCUGCCACGACACCUUUAUUGGCCGGAGCUGAGAUCGCCCCAGAUCUCUCCCAUGUCGAUCUGCAGGUCAUCUUCGAUUCCCUCUCCGCUGCCCAGGUCGACAUAUCUCCAGAGAAGGUAGCCAGAACGGGAAGAUGUAGACACCGCCAGGGGAGAACUUAACAUUGGCGGAUGAAGGUGUAGCACUAUUUUCACUAGAGGGCGAGGUAAGCCAACUAGCAUGAUGUGUGUUCUUGCCGAGUGUGUGCAACGGCGGUCUCGCCGGUGGCAGCGGCAGCUCCUCACCGGGCAGUGGCGGCGGCGGUCUUGACGAUGGCAACUGGCGCGGAGAGUGUUGUUGGUGUCGAUGGUCUGGAAGCCUGUUGCAAGGAAUUUUAGUCCUAUUUGUGUUUAAUAAAACAUAGUGGUCCUAUUUUUGCAAUUCUACCUUCUUUUAAUCCUAUUUAGACAAUUCUCUCUUAUAUUUACACAAUUUCAGUUUGAAACUCAACUAAAAAGUCAAUUAAAUAAAUCAUUGAAAGUGUUUUAUACUCC